CUCAGUCCGGCGGCGCAUGCUCAGUGCGCCCAAUCGGGGAAGUGGGAGCGGGCGCUUCUCCUGUCCUCGCGCCGGGCGGACGGUUGGUGGCCGCGAGGGGAGCGUCCAGCAUGAGGCAGAAGAAGAAAGGAGACCUGAGCCAUGCAGAGCUGAUGAUGAUGACAAUAGCUGAUGUCAUUAAACAGCUGAUUGAGGCUCAUGAGCAGGGAAGAGAUGUGAAUCUAAAUAAGGUGAAAACCAAGACGUCUGCUAAGUAUGGGCUUUCCGCACAGCCUCGUUUGGUUGACAUCAUUGCUGCUGUUCCACCUCAAUAUCGCAAGGUGCUGGUACCCAAGCUAAAGGCAAAGCCUAUCCGAACUGCUAGUGGGAUUGCUGUUGUGGCUGUGAUGUGCAAACCGCACAGGUGUCCACACAUUAACUUUACAGGAAACAUAUGUGUAUACUGCCCUGGUGGGCCCGAUUCUGAUUUUGAAUAUUCAACACAGUCUUACACUGGCUAUGAGCCAACAUCAAUGAGGGCCAUUCGUGCCAGAUAUGAUCCUUAUCUCCAGACAAGACAUCGAGUCGAACAGCUGAAGCAGCUGGGCCACAGUGUGGAUAAAGUGGAAUUCAUUGUGAUGGGAGGAACAUUUAUGGCCCUUUCUGAAGACUACAGAGAUUACUUCAUCCGAAACCUUCAUGAUGCUUUAUCUGGACACACUUCCAACAACGUAUCGGAGGCUGUCCGGUACUCAGAAAGAAGUCUCACAAAGUGUGUUGGGAUCACCAUAGAGACCAGGCCUGAUUACUGCUUGAAGCGGCACCUGAGUGACAUGUUGUCAUACGGCUGCACAAGGUUGGAGAUUGGAGUGCAAAGUGUCUAUGAGGACGUGGCCAGAGAUACCAACAGGGGACACACUGUGAAGGCUGUGUGUGAGUCAUUUCACUUAGCCAAGGAUGCAGGGUUUAAAGUGGUGGCGCACAUGAUGCCUGAUUUGCCGAACAUGGGGCUUGAAAGAGAUAUUGACCAGUUUGUUGAGUUUUUUGAGAACCCUUCUUUUCGCCCCGAUGGCAUGAAACUCUACCCAACUCUGGUGAUCCGUGGUACUGGCCUGUAUGAGCUCUGGAAGUCUGGAAGAUACAAGAGUUAUUCUCCAAGCACCUUAGUGGAUUUGGUGGCUAGAAUUCUGGCUCUUGUACCACCAUGGACACGAGUGUACCGUGUUCAGAGGGAUAUCCCAAUGCCGCUAGUCAGCUCAGGAGUGGAGCAUGGUAACCUGAGAGAACUUGCCUUGGCCAGGAUGAAGGAUCUAGGGACAGAGUGUCGUGAUGUGAGGACAAGAGAGGUUGGAAUACAAGAGAUUCAUCAUAAAGUGAGACCAUAUCAGGUUGAGUUAGUUCGAAGAGACUAUGUGGCAAAUGGUGGCUGGGAGACCUUCCUGUCCUAUGAAGAUCCAGAACAGGAUAUUCUGGUUGGCCUUCUGCGUUUGCGAAAGUGUUCAGAGGAGUCAUUCAGACCCGAGUUGAAGGGAGGUGUUUCCAUUGUUAGAGAACUGCAUGUGUACGGUAGCGUGGUUCCAGUGAGCAGUCGUGAUCCUUCCAAAUUUCAGCAUCAGGGAUUCGGUAUGUUGCUAAUGGAGGAAGCAGAAAGGAUAGCCAAAGAAGAGCAUGGGUCAUGGAAAAUUGCAGUCAUUUCAGGAGUUGGCACCAGGAAUUAUUACAGGAAGAUUGGCUAUGAGCUAGAAGGGCCAUAUAUGGUGAAAAGGCUGGACUGAUGCCCUUAAUAAGAGGCACGGGAACCCCAUCUUCAUACCAGACGUGCUGCUGCGAGCAGGGCAGAGAUGAUGCUGACUAACCCUGGCAAGCAAGCUCAGGGGAGGAAUACAAGCUUAAAACCGAGGUCUGCUUGUUGCUAAGUAUUUGUUAUGCUGGAGACCCCAGCCAUAAAUUGAAAUCUCUACUGGGAGGGACCCAAUAUUAUUCUCCUGAGAGACCAUCCAUUGUCAUUUGCAGUGGGGAUCUCAUGAGAGAGCCACUCAUCUUAUUAGCUGAUAUGAUACUGCUGGAGUUGGUGCAAUAGUGCAUUGAAACAAGCAGAGUUGUGCUGUUUUUCUGAUUGAAGGUUCUCGUUUUAGGGGGCCCAGUUGAACAUCUUGCUCAUGUUCUGUCCGCAUUUCCAUUAUGAUGUCACUAGCAUCAUGUUUAAAACUUAGGCAUGGAAAGCUUGCAGUCAGUUGAAAUUGGGCUUGUAAGUUACUCGGGAAGCACAAAUAUUGUAUUAUUAUUUUAUGCGUCUAUUUUUAAAU